GUAGGAAGCUUGUGUCUCUCGAGAGCAGCGAGUCGCGAGGGAGAAGCCGCUGAGGAGGAACGACUAAAGAACAGUAAAAGCCAUGGCUGUGAAUAAAUGCAUCAAAUACCUUCUCUUCUUCUUCAACCUUCUUUUCUGGAUUAGUGGUUGCAUCAUCCUCGGAGUCUCCAUCUACCUGAAAGUCAGCAAGGAUGGAAACGUGAUCACCAAUGAAUCUCUUCCGGGCAUCGACCUGAUGAUCGCCAUCGGAGUGGUCAUCAUGGUUCUCGGCUUCCUGGGCUGCUGCGGAGCCAUCAGAGAGAACCGCUGCAUGCUGCUGCUGUUCUUCAUCAGCCUCCUCCUCAUCUUCAUCCUCCUGUUGGCAGCGGGCAUCCUGGGCGCCGUGGGCAAUGCGAAGGUGAAUGACUGGGUGAAGCAGCGGCUGGAAAAGUUUGUCCCGCUGAAAACACAACCAGAUAAUGUGAAGGCAGACCUGGAGAAACUGCAGAAGGAGCUGAAGUGUUGUGGUCUUGUGAACGGACCAUCAGACUGGGAGAAGCCUCCUGACUCCUGCCGCUGCAAUUCCACCGUAUCAGACUGCAAGUCCUCCGCCAUCUACAACACGCCCUGCUCCACCCAAAUCAUCAGUCUGAUGGAGAAAAACAUGGAGGUGGUGCUGGGAAUCGCCUUUGCCAUCGCCAUCCUGCUGAUUUUCGGCAUGGUCUUCGCCAUGAUUCUCUACUGUCAGAUUGGCAGGAAGGACGCCACCACCACCACUGCCUGAACACCCACACGUGGCCGCGCCCCCUUGCUGCCUGGCAACGGCCAAUCAGCAGUGCCCAAAUGACCCAUGGAACAUGUAUCAUGUAACCUCUGUGCAACUGUAACUUAACCUGUGCUUUUACUGUGAAGGAACACUCUGAUAUUUUGGUUUAAAUUUCAUGCCAUUAAAACAGUUAAUACACACCCUGGUGUGUGUACUGUAUAGAGUCUCAAUAGUGACAAAAAUAGUGCAAAAGUUAAAUGUAGAAAUAUCUUGGGCAAACAUGAGAAAUGCUGCAUGUGAAGAAUGUAAAAUAGAUGAUUUCAAUGUGUCCUAAAGUGAAGAGGUGUAAAAUGAACCAGUGAAGGAUAAUGGGAGAGUAAAAUAUAUGUUUUUAAUUAACGUAAUAAAUUAAACACAUUUCUUCUUGAACGCACAGAAAUAAAAGUGAUAUUAUUAUUGGGGUAAAACAAAAAACAAGUGGAUUUCUCAAAAUAUCAGAGUGUUCCUUUAACUUUACAGAAAACCUGUGGUAACAAUUACUUUAUAGAAAUUUUACCAAACACUCAUAUAAAAACCAAAGUAUUUAACUAGUAAAACAAAAACACUAGUCUGUGUUUCCGUUCAUACUGUGGCCUCAAAGAACAAAAUGAAGGAAAAUUAUUGUCAAAAACGCUGUUUAAAUCACCUUUGUGUUGUCUGGGGCUUAUUAAGUAUGGAAGUCCAUUACUGCCAAAAUAAUAAAUCGAUAAAUACGUGAUUACGUAUGAUUAAAAAUAUAAAAUUUCCCAUUCCCAUAAUAAGUUACAAUCUCAUAUGAAUUAUUUAUACAUAAGUCAAUAUUAUUACAUUUUCUCAUAAUUAUGACAAAUUCUUAAAAAAAUGACUUAAAUACUCAUAAAUCCAGAUUUAAGACUUUUGCUUUGCUGUUUUCUGCAUGUAAAGUGUCUUUGUGUUACAUGAAAGAUGCUUAAAAUCGAAUUUAUUAUUAUUAUAAUGAAGUACUGAAUCAUAGUUUUGAGAGAUCUGAGAGUUGGUGUUUCUGCAAUGGCUUAUGUUUUAUGUUUAUUUUUUUUGGCAGGAAUGGGCUACCAUAGUAUUAUGUCUAAACAUAUACUGCUAUAACUGUCUGUUGCAAUAUCUGCUGCCAUUUUUGGAAAAUAUUACAAAAUAAUCCUCAGGAAGUUUAAGUUGUAGUGUGUGCUUGUGCAUUUCUAACAGAAGAUAUAGUAACAAUAUUGCCGUUAUAAAACAAUAACCCUUGAAUAUGACACUGCUGCAUAGAUUUGAUAUCUUAGACCACAUUGUUAGAUUACUGAUUAACUUGAUUAUUUUUAGUGUAGAAGUAGUUUAAUCUUGUGGAGUAAAACUUGAUUUCUUGUUUCUUUCCACUGAAUCUUGUUGCUGUUGCAUUUAUAAUUUCUUUUUUUUUUUUUUUUACUGGCACAGGUUGAAAACUGUAAUUUUUUUGUCACCUAACUGAAUUUUGUUUGGGACAUCAAGUGUCCUCAUAUAUACGAAGUUCUCCAAAAAUAGCUUGUCUUUUAUUUUGCAGUCCACUCCCACCAGGGAAAUAGAAACUAGAAUAGAUUAAAAUAAAAACUCUAAUGUAUUCCCAUAAUUAUAAAUUAAAAAAAUUGUACAUUUAAAUUCUGAAAUCAUUAUAACUUUUAGUUGCUAAGAUAUAUAUAUAUAUAUAUAUGAGAUGCUUUAGAAUUUGUAUUUUCUUACAAGAAGGGGCUUCCAUAUUCUUCAAUAUUCUCAAAAAAAGCUUAAAAGAAAGAAUAAAUUUAUCUUCUUUAGAUGUUUUCCGUGGACCCCCUUCACCCCACUCCAGGACCUCUGAUUGUUCCCGGACCACACUUUGAGCAUCGUUGUUCUGCAUGCCGUGAUGAAAUAUAACAGAGGAUGUUGUUUGUUCACUAUUUUGACACCCUGAACCUGAUGUGUUCCUGUGUGAGCGCCUGCAGCCUGUUGUUUAAAAUGGUUUUAUCACCGUUCCAGCUGUCUAAAUACAAUAAAGGAUGAAGGGAAGCUCUG